CAUUCGACAGUCGCUAUCACAUUGCGAGUGACCCUCGAUCCGUAGGUGUUUCUUGAUGCUAAACGUAUCGACAAAAAAAGCCAAAAUCAAUUUCAGUUCACGCUUUGUCCAUUUCCGUAGUAAGUGAGUGAAUAAAAAAGUAUUUAUAAAGUGAUUUUAUAAAGUUGCGUAGCAGUGGAAAGACGUUUUCAACUUACCGUAAACAAAGGAGUCGUUGGGUCGGACGCUGUAGCUUUCCGUCUUCAUAUUUUGAGUCUAGUUUCUUAUUCGUUAUUGUUGUUUUGUUAGGGCUGGAAGCACAAAAUGGGCAAUGGAUCAUCAAGUGAUUCUGAUUCUGAAAGAGAUAUUUGGGAUGUUGAGUUUGACAGUGGUCAAGACAGCGAUUGUUCUGAUGAGUCUGAAAAAGAAUGCAGAAAGCGAAAAAGAAAAGAAAGGAGACAAGCAAAAUCUCCAUCUCCUAAGCACAAAAAGAUAGAAAUGAAAUAUUGCGAUAGUGAAGAUGACAGUGAUGAAGAGAAUAAUGGGUAUUGUAGUUAUUACAACUGCAAUUUUACUGAUAGAAGAUCAUUUAUCAAAAUCUACUGUGAUUGGUCAAUUGAUGGUUUUGUUGAUCCAAGUGUUCAUGAUGUAAAUAAUUUUUUAUUAGUAUCAAAGAUAUACUCAGCUGGUAAUUUCAAUCAAUUUCAGUUUUUCUUUAUCAUGGAAAAAAUGGUUGGUGAGGGAGAUACCCAUUGGGGUAUUUAUGUUAACAUACUGAGUAACAUAAGAUCUGAAGCAACAGUUAACUUCAAAAGUUAUGUUGUUAACCAUAAGAAUGAGACAGUUUAUCUUAAUAAAUCAAAAGAUGCAAAGUUUCCCACUAAAACUGGAUACAGAUUUUUGGGGUCCAUUAAUAAAGCUCGUUAUAUCGAUGAUGACUAUUAUCAAUGUUCUUACAUGGGAGAAGGAUCUUUGAACUUUCGUUUCAAAAUUGAAGUAACUUAUAAAAAUUGUCAAAUUUACACUGAUUUAGAAAAGAUAUUUAGCCAAGAAAAAGAAAAAGAUAUUACUCUUACUGUGAAAGGAAAUAAGUUCAAAGCAAAUAGAAAAAUUCUUAUAGAUAGAAGUCCCACUUUUGCAAAACUGUUAGAGAACGAACAUAUUAACAAAUUGAAGAUUGAUGAUAUUGAACCAGAUAUGUUGAAGCAGUUGCUAAUAUUUAUUUACACUAAUAAGAUCCCAAAAUUAAUGUCACUGACAGGCAAACUUUCAAUAGUUGCUGAUAGGUACAAAAUCAAGGACUUGCAAAUCAUGUGCAAAAAAUUUCAGGCAGCAAAAAAGCUUAAUUCUCAGUUGAAAUAAAGUUUUUACCUUCAUUAAAAAGUAGUAGUAACUUAAAAUUACUUAUUUCAAUAUGUAAACUAUUCUUCCAAAUAUUUUAUGACCUAUUCAUUUUUCAAUUUUAACUUUUCUUCUCAUGACCAAAUAAUCACUUAUGUUUAUUAGGAAAACUAUUUAUACUAUUCAUAUUUCAAUUAUUACGUUCAUUGU